GUACGAAUCGAGUAAUAAUAUUAUUAUUAUUAAGUGUACAAACCGCCCGGCCGCACGAGCUAGCUAGCGGUGGCCGGAUAAACAAUGGGCGGGGCCCACCUUCUGAAUCUCCUCAAUUCCUCCUCCUCAGGGGCUUCCAGGCUCAUGAACCGGCGUCUACCUGCGGUGGUUUCGGAGUUCCAGAGGCGUUUCUCAUACACCCAUGGCGGCGGCGGCGGGGUGGUGGGAGAAGAUGAUAAAGCAGCCACAACAGAAGAGGAGUUCAAACGGGUAGCUGAAGAAAGGGAACGCCGCCGACUUGCUAGUCAGACUGUCGACAAGGCAGCAGAUGGUGCUUUCGAAGCAGCGGCGGCCACGGUCGACGGAAGCAGCGGCUCAGAUUUCGAAUCUGUGAAGGAGACCUUUAAGCGUGACCAACCAUCAUCGCCGCCGCAGCCAAGGUAACUUAAUUCCCUGGGCUGCGCGCGGCGUGCAUGCCCGCCUGCAGAGAUUGGAUGGAUCAUGGUCCAUGGAUGCAUGUGAGCUAGCUAGGAUGAUAUGUCAUAUACGGAGUACUAUGUAUAUAUAUGCAUGUAUGAUACGGAGUAUUGUACCAGUAUAUGAAUAUAUGGAGUAUGUGUUCACGACUUUGUUAAAGGUUACUUUGUAAAGUUCAUGAAUGACUUUUGAGUUUCUAAAGAUUCUGUCCAAAUUUCCUUAGCUAUAUUUAUGGGUUCUUAUGUACUACCUCCGUUCUUAAAUAAAUGCAACACUUUGACUUUUAAUUCA